GGUCUGUACCACACUUCCCAGAAGACCUAGUGGCUUGUCGCUGUUCUCGCAGGAAUUCGAACGCUUCGUUACGCCUACGCGGAACCGCUGGAUCAGUGAGGUGAGAGAUCGUGGUCCCGGGGGAACCGGCUCCGCUCUGCAGGUUCCAACCCGGAAAGGCCUAAGGAAACCUCUAUGAGGUCAGGUCAGAUUCUAGCCCUGGACAGCAGUGAAUCCUUUCCAUGAGAGACUGAAAUUGGACAGGAUGCCCCAUCCUCCUCUGAUCUCCAGUCCUUGUGUGUGGCUAGUAACCCAGAAGAGGAGGAAAGAAUGCGUGAUGAACCUCUACAAGCAAUAUCCAAGGGGUCAGUGAUGUUCAGGGAUGUGUCCAUAGACUUCUCUCAGGAGGAAUGGGAAUGCCUGGACUCUGGUCAGAUGAAUUUAUACAAAGAAGUGAUGUUGGAGAAUUUCAGCAACCUGGUUUCAGUGGGACUUUCCAAUUCUAAGCCAGCUGUGAUCUCCUUAUUGGAACAAGGAAAAGAGCCUUGGAUGGUUGACAGAGAGCUAACGAGAGGCCUAUGUUCAGAUCUGCAAUCAAUGUGUGAGACCAAGAUAUUAUCUCUAAAGAAGAGACAUUUCAGUCAAGUAAUACUUACCUGUGAAGACAGGCAUACUUUUAUCCAGCCCACAUUUUUUACCACACAUCAAAAAACUAUUAAUGAAGAGAAACCCUGUGAGUGUAAGAUAUGUGGAAAGACCUUUAAUCAGAACUCACGAUGUAUUCAGCAUCGGAGAAUUCAUUCUGGUGAAAAACCGUAUGAAUGUAAGGAGUGUGGAAAAUCCUUUAGUCGUGGCUCACUUGUUACUCGACAUCAGAGGAUUCAUACUGGCGAAAAACCCUACGAAUGCAAGGAAUGUGGGAAGGCUUUUAGUUGUAGUUCUUACUUUUCUCAACAUCAAAGGAUUCACACUGGUGAGAAACCCUAUGAAUGCAAGGAAUGUGGAAAAGCCUUUAAUUAUUGCUCAAACCUUAAUGAUCAUCAGAGAAUUCACACUGGUGAGAAACCCUAUGAAUGUAAAGUAUGUGGAAAAGCCUUUACUAAAAGUUCACAACUUUUUCCGCAUCUGAGAAUUCAUACUGGUGAGAAACCUUAUGAAUGUAAGGAAUGUGGGAAGGCCUUUACUCAACACUCAAGGCUUAUUCAGCAUCAGAGAAUGCACACUGGUGAGAAACCUUACGAAUGUAAGGAAUGUGGGAAGGCCUUUAGUAGUGCCUCAACACUUACUAACCAUCACAGAAUUCAUGCUGGUGAGAAACUCUAUGAAUGUAAAGAAUGUGGAAAGGCCUUUAUUCAGAGUUCAGAACUUAUUCAGCAUCAGAGAAUCCAUACAGAUGAAAAACCAUAUGAAUGUAAUGAAUGCGGGAAGGCCUUUAAUAAAGGCUCAAACCUUACUAGACAUCAGAGGAUCCACACUGGUGAGAAACCCUAUGACUGUAAGGAAUGUGGAAAGGCCUUUGGUAGUCGUUCAGACCUCGUUCGCCAUGAGGGAAUUCAUACUGGGUGAAUAAUAGAAAGUAAGGCCCUUUUGUUAAUUUUUAUAAUAUUUUAAAAAACUGAUAAUGAAAACAAACCAGGAAAUGCAUGAUCAGAAGUUCUCCUGUGUAUCAGUUUUCUAGGGCUACCAUAACAAAGUACCAAGUACCAAUAACUUGGCUUAAAACAACAGAAAUUUAUUCUCUCGCAGUUUUAGAGCCUAGAAAUCCAAAAUCAAGGUUGUUAGCAGAGUUAGUUCCUUUUGAGGACUCUGAGGGAAAAUCUGUUUUAUGCUUUUCUCCUAGCUUCUGAUAACAGCCAAGAGUCCUUGGCAUUCCUUGGCUUGUUUCAUUUCAAUCAGCCUGCAUGUUCCCAUUGCAUUCUCCCUGUAUAUAUGUCUUAUGUCUCUCCUGCUCUCAUAUGCACACCAAUCAUUGGAUUAGGGUCCCCUAAUGACCUCAUCUUAAUUUGAUAACAUCUGAAAAUGCCCUAUUCCCUUAUAGAUCACAUUCACAGGUACCAGGGGUUAGGAUUUCAACAUAUCCUUUUGGGAGACACAAUUCAACCCAUAAUACCCUGUUAGCACUAUUUUAUAUAAUGUAUUUAUAAUUUUUAAACACAUAACCUGUUAAAUAUAUUUGACUCUAUCUCAAAACUACUUAGGAAUUCCUGCCUCUCCCAUUGUUUGUUCUCCUUAAUAUAUUUGUGUUUAGAUUAGCUUAUGUUUUAAGGCCAUCUUUCUGUUGCUGUGAUCUACAGAUCUGUGCUUCCACCACUACUAUACUGUAAAUUGUGUUAUAUAGACUGUUAAUUCCUGGCAGAAUUGUAAUUUUAUUUUUGAAGGCAACUCUAUUUCUUUUUUCCUUAUCUACAAUUAAUGUUUUCUUACUGUAAAAAAAGAAAAAGAAGAAAGAACACCAGAGGAGCACAAAGAAAAAAAUUAGGAUUAUUUGUUAUCCUACCAACCAGAGCUGACUACUUUCAAAUUGUUACAGCAAAUCUUUCCAGACUUUAUUUUAAAAGUGUAAUUAUAAUAUGCAUGCUAUACUAU